UCACUGGCUCCUCACCUAGGAGACGGCGGCCGUGCGUCCCAGGUAGGACGCGUUGACCCGGAAGCCGUGCGUCUCAGGUCUGUGACGUCUCGGUAAGUGAUUGGCUGAGGGGCUCUGAGGGAGCAGCGGGAGGGGAGUCCGGCGGAGAAGCGGUUGGAGAAGAUGAGGCUCCCCGGAGACCGGACGGCCCGGGACUAGAGACGGGAGGAUCUGCGUUCUCACACCCCCGGUCCGUGCUGUAAGGAGACUGCAUGGAGGUGGAGGGCGGGAUGAUGGAAGAAGUGAGGAUGAGUAAGAAUCCGCCUAUUCGGCCCGGGAUCACAUUUGAGAUCGGCGCUCGUUUAGAAGCGCAAGACUACUUGCAAAAAUGGUACCCAUCCAAGAUAGAGAAGAUGGACUAUGAGGAGGGGAAAAUGUUGGUGCAUUUUGAGCGUUGGAGCAGCCGAUAUGAUGAGUGGAUCGAUUGGGACAGUAGUCGGAUCCGUCCUCUGGAAAGGCCUUCUUUGCGAAAGGAAGAACUUGAAGACGAGGAGGAGAACUGCGAUUUCAAUGAAGGAGAAGAGGUUUUAGCUCGGUGGACCGACUGUCGGUAUUAUCCUGCCAAGAUCGAGGCCAUAAAUAAAGAAGGAACAUAUACUGUGCAAUUUUAUGAUGGAGUUAUACGGUGCUUGAAAAAGAUGCACAUUAAAUCCAUGCCGGAGGAUGCAAGGGGCCAGGACUGGAUUGCCUUAGUGAAAGCAGCCGCUGCAGUGGUCAAGAAUAAGGCUACAAGCAAACCGAGGACCAGUGUGAACAGCAAUAAGGACAAAGAAGAAAGAAAAACACACAAAACGUCUAUUAAAAGAGAGGACACUCCAAUUAGUAGACCCCUGGAAUUUUUUCACAAGGAGGAAGAGCCAACGUCCAGCCAGAAAAUAGAAAUUCCAUUGGGAGAGGUCUCAAAGUUGCCCACUCAGCAGAGAGUUGAAGAUCUGAUUCUUAAAAGAAAAUUGAGCCAGACUACCACCUUCCAAGCAAAACGUGCCCGACUAAAUAAAAUAACAGGUUUAUUGGCAUCCAAAGCUGUUGUAUUGGAUAUUGCAGAAAAGAAGGCACAAGCCACUGAAAAGCCAUCAAAGCUGCAGGAGGCGAUUACUCCUAAACCCCAGACACAGAACCAAACUGAAGUUGAUAAAUGCCAUUCUGGCAUGACAGUGACACCCAGGCAGCUGUCACCGCCUAUGUCUUCCGGGAAGGCUCGCAGCAAGAAAGACAAACAGGAGCUUGGCGAUUUCUCAGGGUGUAAAAAAUCCCCCAUAUCCAAUAUUGUUCCACAGCUAAAGCAAGGUACGCCACACAACACAAAUCUUUCUAGGUCUUCUGGACGUAACAACCGCAGGAGAUCACAGCGCUUAACCUCCGCAGCCCCCAGUGAUUUUCCACGCCUGCCUUUCAAAGAUGGAAAAGGCCUACCAGGCUACAUUCAGGCUCCUCAAGACCUUUCAGUAGCCAAGGUACCCGAUGUUGCCUUUGUGCCUCAGGAGAAGCUUGAACCUCUUGACCUAAGCUGUAAUACGGAUAUUACUCCCGUAGGCCUAGAAACCACUUUCCACACUGAGCGCACCACAAAAGAAAAGGAACAUUUACAAUUGAUAAACUAUUCUUCCAAAGCACUAGCUGAUGGUAGAAUAGCUUCAACGUCAUCAGCUCCUACACCCAUUGUACAUCCAUUGCACUCAGGCAUGGCUUUGCCAAACCACUUGAAGCCGGCCAAGGCCAAUAAGAAGAAAAAGCCUCCAGCUGUUACAAGUGCAGAAGUGACUGAGAAACCGAUUCCUGCCACAGUGGAAAAACUCACCGAAAAUAUACAGGAUAAAAUUAUUAAGAAAGUGAAUGACAAGGAGAAACAUUCAGAAGCCGAUGGACUUACAAAGUCAGAAAAGAAAGGAAAGACUGAAGACAAGUCAUCCUCAUCAUCUGGUAAGAAGAAAGAUAAAGAUAAGGAGCGGAAAGAAAAGAAAGACAAGGAGCACUCUAAAUCAAAGCAAAAGAAGAAAAAAAAGAAGAAAAAGAAAAGCAGACACGAUUAUCCUGUUCCUGAAGAGAACGCCCUGGACUUGUUGGAGCGAAGCUCAUCUCCAGUUUCUCUGUCCACCUCCAGCACCAUAACGCUGAAUAACGCCUUGACAAUAAAGAAUACCUCUUGCCAGUUCCCACGGGCAAUCCUGUCUGUUGACCUCACUGGGGAAAGCUUCUCAGAGAUGGACUUUCUCGAUGACUCCUCCACAGAGAGUCUUAUCCUAAGUGGAGAUGAGUACAAUCUAGAGUUUGACUCCACUAACUUUGAUGAAUCUCAGGAUGAGGAGGAUGCCAUCAGUGAGAUUGUCCGAUGUGUGUGUGAGAUGGACGAAGAGAACGGCUUCAUGAUUCAGUGUGAAGAAUGCCUUUGUUGGCAGCACAGUGUGUGUAUGGGCCUCCUAGAAGACAGUAUUCCUGAGCAAUAUAUCUGCUAUGUUUGCAGUGACCCACCAGGCCAGCGAUGGAGCGCCAGAUACAAAUAUGACAAGGACUGGUUUAACAACGGACGCAUGUGUGGUCUGUCGUUCAUUAAUGACAACUACUCCUACGUCAACACCAAGAAGAUUGUGUCAACCCACCACCUCCUGGCUGAUGUGUAUGGUGUGACGGAGAUCCUGCGUGGUCUGCAGCUAAAAUUUGGCAUUCUGAAUGAUCAAGAUCAUCCAGACCUUCGCUUUUGGGCCUGUCCAAUGAAGUCGCGAGAAUCCUCUCAGGUGAACGACAAGCGGUCAGUGCCUUCCUCUAAUGACAAGGGAAUAUGCAGGCAGAACCAUAAAGGUCUCUCAAACAGUCUGAACAAGACGGAAGAUGUGUAUAUUACUAGCGAGCACAGCUAUCAAAGGCCCCAGAGCUCCAACCAAGGAGGCAAACCCUCAAGGAACACUGGUGAGCGUGGCGUGGUUCCAGAAGGUCCCAAUGCCAGUCUUCAGAUGGAUGCCAAGAAAACUUUACUGGAUGUUUCUGAAAGGAGAACUGAUGAGGUUGUAGCGGCCGAAGUGAGCAAUGAUAGGAAAUCCGACGAGCAGCUGGAUUCCCAACUUCAGUGGCAGCUCAAUCUCCUGACACACAUAGAGAGUGUACAGAGUGAGGUCACCAGCCGCAUGGACCUCAUAGAGAAGGAAGUAGAUGUUCUAGAGAGCUGGCUGGAUUUCACUGGAGAGCUGGAGCCCCCCGAUCCCCUAGCGCGACUGCCUCAGCUAAAAAGGCGAAUCAAGCAGCUCCUGACAGACAUGGGCAAAGUUCAGCAAAUCGCUACGCUCUGCUCUGUAUGACGAAAAAGAAGAGAAAUUGGCUGAACUAUUUUCUUACUUAGAUACAAAAAAAAAAAAAAAAGUUUGUACAGGUUUUAUUGACUAUAUAAAUAUAUUAAUGUAUCAAUCCUUUACAAGGAUUAUAAAAGAGACUUUUAAACCAGUCAAGACAUGCCUGCACCCAUGGUAAGCAAAACAAAACUAUUUCCUAUGGUGGCCGAUCCUGCUCCUUGGAGACUGGUACAAGUGGAAUGACAUAUUGCACCCCGUAGGGGCGCAGUGGGGAUAUGCUGUCAUCGUGCAAUGACUCGUAGACUUACCAGUAUGUCUUCUGAAAGGUAUUAUCCUCUUGUUAAAGCAGUAUUGCAGAAAAUUCUACUUUUUUUUUUUUUCCAAAGCCAAUUUCUUCACCUCUUUACCCUGCUAAAUGUUAAGCUAUGUGUGGCACAAGUUAAUUUGACUUGGAACCGUAGUGCCCAAGUUUUUUAUACAGCAGCCCUUAAAGGGAAACUUUAGUGUAUAUUCAGGUAUUGUUUACUUUAAAACCACUCUGUCUUUAAAAA